AUGGCCAUGCUCACAGAUCCAAGCUUGUCGUACCAACGAAUUGAGCUCACAAAGCCCAUUUCGCUCAUAUACAUGAUAGAUGACAUUUUCGAUCUUUGUGGGACACUCGAUGAAUUGACUCUUUUCACAGAAGUUGUCAAAAGGUGGGACUUUUCUGCUAUAGAACAACUACCAAACUACAUGAAGAAGUGUUUCAAGGCUCUCUAUGACACCACAAAUGAAAUUAGUUACAAUGUUUACAAAGCAUAUGGAUGGAAUCCUAUAGACUCGCUCCGAGAAACGUGGGCAAGUCUGUGCAAUGCGUUUCUUGUAGAAGCCAAGUGGUUUGCUUCUGGGAAGUUGCCAAAGGCAGAGGAGUACCUGAAGAAUGGGAUUGUUAGUUCAGGUGUAUAUGUUUUGCUUGUCCACCUAUUUUUCCUCCUGGGUCAUGGUAGGGACAAGGAAAUUGAGUGUCUUGUAAAGGACAAUCCAGGUUUGAUAACUUCUGUGGCAACAAUUCUUCGUCUUUGGGAUGACUUGGGCAGUGCCAAGGAUGAAAAUCAAGAUGGAUAUGACGGAUCGUAUGUGGAGUGCUACAUGAAAGAACACCAAGGCUCUUCAGUUGAAACCGCACAAGAACAUGUUAUUAAAAAAAUUUCGGACUCAUGGAAGAGCCUCAACAAGGAGUGCUUAUCUCCAAAUCCAUUUUCUGCAACUAUCAGAAAAGCUUCUCUUAAUGUUGCAAGAAUGGUGCCUUUAAUGUACAACUAUGACGACAAUCAUCAGCUUCCGGACCUUGAGGAGCUUGCUAGUUAUUUUUUGUGA